CUGCGCUGUGAUUGGCUGCUGUGGGGUAACGCGGUGCGUGUUUCCGGAAGACGUGGCGAGUCCCGGGCCGGUUCCUGUUCUCCUGGUUCGGUGUGUGCGGCAGCACCAGAAACUUGUCUCCGGCCUUCGGGCCCCCGCACCGGCCUCACCAUGAUCUCACUGACAGACUCGCAGAAAAUCGGCAUGGGAUUAACGGGAUUUGGGGUGUUCUUCCUGAUCUUUGGGAUGCUGCUGUUUUUUGACAAAGCCUUAUUGGCUAUAGGAAAUGUGCUGUUUGUGGCCGGCUUGGCCUUCGUCAUUGGACUGGAGAGAACAUUCCGCUUUUUCUUCCAGAAACACAAAGUUAAAGCCACGGGCUUCUUCCUGGGGGGAGUGUUUGUGGUUCUGGUUGGGUGGCCCCUCAUAGGAAUGGUGCUGGAGAUCUACGGCUUCUUCCUCUUGUUCAGGGGUUUCUUCCCUGUGGUCGUUGGAUUCAUUCGAAGAAUUCCUGUGUUGGGGUCACUCCUGAACUUGCCUGGAAUCAGCUCACCAACCUAAGCUCCCAAGGAGUUCUGCACCCAUGCUGGUGGACAAGGCCGGAGAGAGUAACAACAUGGUAUAGUGACUGCUGGGAGGUGCCACGCUAUUUAUCAAGCCCUACCAGAGAGGAGACUGCCACGUUCUUUUCUACGUACAAAAAUCAUCCUUUAACCCCUUCAGUUCUGAGGAGGUGGAACUAGAAAUCAACUGACGCAAACGGUUUUCAGGACUUUUCGUUGUUGUUUUGGUGCCGAGCCUGUGGAAUCCAGCGAUGCUCCCAUUGGGCGGCACAGCGAAGCCCCGCCCCCUCCCUUAUUAUUUCUUACAUUUUUAUUUAUGGAAACGGCGAAUAAACUACCGCGCCCGUGUGAUGCAUCAACAGCAUUUUUAAAAAACGGGGGAGGGGGGGAACGAUUUCUAAAAUAAAAAAAAAACCCAGGUGCUUACUGUGCGAAUAAACCAUUUUUUUGUACUUGUGGGUGUAACAAAAUUCUUUCUCUCGUUCUUUUCCCCCCCCCCGUGUGGAUUUGGCGCAGUCUGGGGCCCUCAGUGACUCUUUUCUAUUACAGACAUUGUAUCUGCUGCACUUCCUGUUUAUUAGCCCCGCCUCUAAUUCUAUUCAUUCCCACUGUCCUGGCUCCGCCUUUACAACAAUGUCUGUGACCAUAGCAACCGUGUAGCCGUUGGGUUUAUUAAUUAAAUAAAAUACAAAGUGUUUUGA